UAUUGCGCAUGUACUUGUAUGUACGUUUCGUUACAAGUUAUUACUGGAUCAUGAUCGUGACAAAACAUAACCUGAAAAGUUUUUGAUUAACAAUUCUAAUCAGUGUUACGUAGUGCGUUGAAAAAUUGUCAAAAUGUCUAUCAAAAGAAAAUUGACACAAGAAGAUUUAAGAAAGGCUAUGAGUGAACAUAAAAAAAAAUUAGAAAUAGUGAAGAAGAUAGAAUCACCUUUAGCAAAAUAUACAGAUGCAGGGCAAUUAAUGUGUAUUCUCUGUAAAUCUAUCGUACGCAACGAAACAGUUUGGGUCGUUCAUAUCAAUUCUAAAACACAUAAAGAAAAUGUGAUAUUAGCAAAAAAAACGAAGUUAGAAAUUGAACGACAUUCAACUACUAAUGUAUCAACUACAUUAAGAAGGCCUGGUUCACCAUUAGAGGGAAAUAUUACAAAUAAGAAAAUAAAGGUUAUACUCAAGAAUCCUUCUAAACCAUCUGCACAAUCAAAUUUACCAGCAGAUUUUUUUGAUAAUUCUUCUAAGCAAUCAUGCGUCACUUCUACACCAGUCAUGCCUAUUACACAAGAAUCAAAAAGUUCUUUGGAGGUAACAAAUGACGCAGAAAAUAGGAUACAUACAGAUAUAGAAAAUGAUAUAGACAAAGAAAAGGAGAAAGCAAGAGACGUAAAUCAAGCAGCCUUGCCAGAAGGAUUUUUUGAUGAUCCAAUUUUGGAUGCUAAAGUACGUAAUGUUGAAUACAAAGAUCCAAUUGAGGAAGAAUGGGAGAAAUUUAAGAAAGAAAUCAAGGAGGAAACAGCUCAAUCUGCACAAAUCAUAGCUGAUGAUCAAGAAGAAGCAACAACAGAGAGGCAGAUAGAUGAGAUAGAAGAACAAAUACGAUAUUGGUCACGGGUAAUGGACUUUGUAAAACGAAAGGAACAAGUUCAAGCUACGGAUAGAAAACAGGACAAUAUAGAGGGUGAUACAUCUAGCGGUGACGAAGCAGAGUUUGAUGAAUUUUUAGAUUGGAGAGCAAAAAAUUCUUAUAAAUAAAAUAUAUCUCUG